AUGGGGAGGAUAUUUCUUGAGCAUAUUGGAGGCACGAGAUUAUUCUCUUGUGCAAAUUGUGACACCGUUCUAACAAACAGGAUUGAGUUGAUGUCAACACGGUUUACUGGCUCAACAGGUAGAGCGUUCCUCUUCAAGAAGGUCGUCAAUCUAUCCUUCAGUGAGGUCCAGGACCGUGUCAUGCUCACUGGGAGACACAUCGUUCGUGACGUUUUCUGUAAAAACUGCGACUCCAAACUUGGUUGGAUCUACGAGUUUGCCACGGAGGAGAGCCAACGCUAUAAAGAGGGGAAAGUUAUCUUAGAGAGGGCGCUCAUCACGGAGAGCGAAGGAAUCGAGGAACACCUAGGAGAAAUAUGA